GAAAGUAGAGAGCAAAGAAAGAAAAGAAGAGCAAACCUGCUGCAGGUCAGGGUGCUCUCCCUGCACGCUGACACUGCUUGAAGAGUUAACAGGGACCUGCAAGGUGCUGGCAUUUUUUGGAAUGUGAUUUCAGGGCUCGCCUUCCUCCCAAAACUCGGCUCUGUUCUCAAGAUGCUGUUGUGGCUACACUGAGACAACGCGAGGAGGAGGAGGUGACAGCUUUUAUUGGAUAAACUGGUUCUAGCGGGAGCAAACAGAAGCUUUGCGGGUGGCUGCUGCCACUGCAUGCAGGACAUGAACAACCUGGAUGAAGGGGUGGAGUUCCUCCCUGCCAUGAACUCCAAGAAGAUGGAAAAGCGCGGCCCAAGGCGGCAGGUGGUCAUCACUGUCCUGAUCAUUGUUUUUCUGCUUGUCUCCCUCACCACUGGCCUCCUGUUUUGGCACUUCAAAUAUAGGAACACACCUGUCCAGAAGGUUUUCAAUGGCCACUUGCGGGUUCUGAACUGGGAAUUCCUGGAUGCCUAUGAGAACUCCAGCUCUCCAGAGUUCAGUAUGCUGGCCAAGAAGGUGAAGAGCACGGUGGAGGAGAUCUACAAGAAUCAUGCUGAUAUUGGUCCUUACCACAAGGAGACAGUAAUCACUGCCUUCAGUGAAGGCAGUGUCAUUGCCUACUACUGGUCAGAAUUCCUUGUGCCCAAAUACCGGGAAGAGAGCCUGGACAGGGCGAUGGCUGACAAGCAGAGCCUGGUGCAGAGGUGGAACCCCCGCCUGAGAAACCCCAUGCUGAAGGUGGAGUCAGUCAUUGCUUUCCCUGUGGACCCCAGCAUAGCUCACUCUGCCCGAGACAACAGCUGCAUGUUCUCCCUUCAUGCCAAGGAAGGGGAGGUCACCAGUUUCACCACGCCAGGCUUCCCCAACAGCCCAUACCCUAACAAUGCCCUCUGCUACUGGGCAUUGAGGGCAGAUGCCAGUUCCAGCAUCAGUCUCACCUUCAAGACCUUGGAGCUGGAGCCAUGUAGAGAUGACAGUGACUACAUCAAGGUGUACGACUCUCUGAGCCCCGUGGAGCCCCACGCCUUGGUCAGGCUUUGUGGGAAUUAUGCCCCAUCCUACAACCUGACCUUCCUCUCCUCCCAGAACGUCAUGCUAGUCACAUUGGUUACCAACAAGGAGGGACGAUUCCCUGGCUUUAAGGCUGAGUUCUUCCAGCUCCCAAAGAUGAAAGCCUGUGGUGAGACCCUGAAGGGAGACAGUGGCACCUUCACAACUCCCUAUUACCCAGCACACUACCCCCCAGACAUGGACUGUGUCUGGAACAUUGAGGUUCCCUCUAUAAAGAAUGUGAAGGUGCGUUUCAACAUGUUCUUUGUGCUGGAGCCUGGGAUCCCAGUCACCUCCUGCACCAAAGACUAUGUGCAGAUCAACGGCACAAGAUACUGUGGGGAGCGCUCCCAGUUCGUGGUGGCCAGUACCACCAACAAAAUCGAGCUCCGGUUCCACUCAGACCAAUCCUACACAGACACAGGCUUCUCUGCAGAGUUCCUGUCCUACGACUCCAAUGACCCCUGCCCUGGCAAGUUCACUUGCAAUACUGGCCGCUGCAUCGACAGGAGCAUGCGCUGCGAUGGGUGGCUCGACUGCGUGGAUGGCAGUGAUGAGAGGUCCUGCACCUGUACCGAGCAGCAGUUCAAGUGCCAGAAUGGCUGGUGCAAGCCCAGGUUCUGGGUCUGUGACAAUGUGAACGACUGUGGCGACAACAGCGAUGAGCUACAGUGCAGCUGUUCAGCUGACAGCUUCAAGUGCGACAACGGGAAGUGUGUCCCCAGCACACAGAAAUGUGAUGGCAAGGACAACUGUGGGGACGGGAGCGAUGAGGGCAGCUGCAGCACAGCAGGCCAGACCACUGUCCCCUGCAAGGAGUACACGUACAAGUGCCGCAGUGGACACUGCAUCAGCAAACAGAACCCCGAGUGCGACGGGGAGCAGGACUGUGAGGACCAUUCUGAUGAGGACAACUGCAACUGUGGUCUCCGCUCCUAUGUCAGGAAGUCGCGGAUCGUUGGUGGGCAGAACUCGGACGUGGGAGAGUGGCCGUGGCAGGUCAGCCUGCACGUCAAGAGCCAGGGCCACAUCUGUGGGGCCUCGCUGGUGUCAGCAAGCUGGCUGGUGUCAGCAGCACACUGCUUCCUGCCACUGCAAGGCAUCAGGUAUUCAGACCCCAGCCUAUGGACAGCCUACCUGGGGCUGACUGACCAAGGUGACCGGAGUGGCCCCAAUGUGCAAACCCGCAAAAUCAAGCGCAUCAUCUCCCACCCCUUCUUCAAUGACUACACCUAUGACUAUGACAUUGCUGUGCUGGAGCUGCAGAGCCCUGUCACCUUCACGGCUGUCGUCCAGCCCAUUUGCCUGCCCGAUGCCACCCACAACUUCCCUGUGGGCAAGGACCUGUGGGUGACUGGAUGGGGAGCAACUGCAGAAGGAGGCACAGGAGCCUCCAUCCUGCAGAAGGCAGAGAUCCGGCUCAUCAACCAGACUGUGUGUAACCAGCUCCUGACAGACCAGCUGACACCACGCAUGAUGUGCGUAGGGAUCCUGACCGGUGGUGUGGAUGCCUGCCAGGGAGACUCUGGGGGGCCCCUGGUCAGUGUGGAGCCCAGUAGUCGGAUGUUCCUGGCUGGCGUGGUGAGCUGGGGCGACGGCUGUGCCCAGAGGAACAAACCUGGGGUGUACAGCCGGCUCACGAGCCUGCGAGACUGGAUCCAGGAGCACACAGGCCUCUAAGGAUGGAUCCAUGCCUGGACACCUCUUGGACAGCGCUGGCUGAAGACACUUGGCAGUGCCAGCCAUGCACAGCCUCUACUGUGAACUUCAACCCUCCCUCUACCUCGCUGUGAGCGCCUGGGACUCCAUGUGCAACCAGAGCUGAUGGUUGGGUUUAGCCCUUAGUCUGAGAAAUCUGUGUUUGGAGAAGUUUCCCUUGAGGGGGUAAGCUAGUUCAGCUCCCAUGAACAAUCUGAAUGAGCCAUCAUUCAAGAUUGCAUAUAGUAAUAAAUUUUUAAAAAAUCUAAUUAAAAAAAGACAAACAGUUUGUGUUUAGAGGCAAACUUUAUUGGACAAGUUCAAAAACAAGGUUUCAGCAUAUAUUCUAAGUCGUGCAUUUGUUUUCAAACAGCCAUCCAUAUCCUUUCUCUGGUGUUCAGCCGUAAUGGAUGUCUUACCAUAGUUUUGGGGAGAUUCCCUUUGGAAUCCCUCCCUUGUCCCACACCAUGGUCUCCUCCUUCUGUCCUCUGUCCAGCUCUGCUUCUGGCUUGGCCAAGUCCAGGAUUGGGGGCCUGAAAGACAGAUGUUGGGCUGAAACACCACUGCUCACCCUGAGGGAAGCCACAGGCAGAGCUCAAAGCCAUCACUCAUCCCAAAGAAAUCCAUGGGCAGGGCUCAAACACUAUCACUUGCUAUGAGAGAAGCCACAGGCAGAGCUGCUGGCACAUGUGGAGACCCAGAGUGAUUGGCAUCACUGCAUUGUGCCUUAACGUCAUACUGAGCUGAGCUGAUACAGCUUCUGCUGAGCCCCAGGUGCCUCUGGAAUCACUGUGAAGAGCACAAGGGCUGCACUGAAUUCUUCUUGGAGUGCUCCCUACAAGGACAACACCAGUCAGCUGUGCACACCAGCCUUACACCUAUCUUACUUUUGUAAAGAAAAAUGUGACUCGUGAAUGUGCUGAUUUUCUUUCUUUUUCCUCUGUAGUCUGUUCCUGCCCCAGCAAAGCACACUCCAGCUAAGUUAGUCCCUUCCUUACCUGUAAAUACAUUAUUUUGUAAAACUCUCAGAACUGAGAUGCUGCAAUAAACUGGGAUAUUUUCUAA